AUGGUUCCAGGAAUGUGGGGAUUCGCCGGCACAGCGAUGGCGAGUCUUAUGUUUUUCCGGUCAAUGUACUCACAGUUUGUGCCGUGCGAACUCCAAGCCUACAUCGAGAAAUUCGUUUACAAGAUGAUGGGAUGGGUCUCGAUAAAGUUCAACGAAUACACCGGAGAAGGUCUCCAGAGAAGCAAAGCCUACGACUCGAUACGCCAUUACCUAUCUGCGACCUCGACGGCUCAUACUCAGAGAAUGAAAGCCAACGAGUCUAGAAGCAGCAAAUCGUUGGUGCUUAGUAUGGACGACCACGAGGAAGUUGAAGAGUUUUUCGAAGGUGUGAAGGUGAAGUGGUGUUCGAGCAAAUCUACAAAUCUACAUGUUCCUCCAUCUCGGAUGGAUUUUAGCAAGUACCCAAAGUCGUAUCACGUAUUCCACCAGCGUAUGUACAAGCUAGUGGAAGAUCCUUCAACGGAUUCAAUCAUCUCAUGGAGCAAACACAACAACAGUUUCGUCAUUUGGAAUCAGGACGAGCUAGUUCGCAGAAAGAUGAUUUGUAGAUUCUAUAGCGACACGUUCACAGAGUUUAUCUCCGAGCUCAAGUGUAAUCUAUUUGUGAGAGGUAAGCCUGAGCUUUUGGCGGAGAUGCAGUUCAACUCUGUGAUGAAACCAUCUAAAACGAUCAAAGCUGAAGCAGAAGUGAUUGAUAUUGGAGCAACAUUAGAGACAACAACAUCUCAAAACGGCAGAGUAUUGGAUAAAGGGAAAACACCAAUAGGCCAAUGA